AUGGAGGCCAUACGCCAAAGAAUCACCAUCCCGGACUCGAUCAAGCAGUUCCCCGAACAGCUCAAACCCAAGUCCCCCAAGGCCCUCGACAAGGGCUCCGACUCCAUCCCCACCUCCCUCACGCCGACCCCCGUCUCCCCUCCCCUCGCGACCCCGUCCCACGGCGACAUCGGCGCCGUCCUGACCAUUGCCUGCGCGACCCCCAUCGCCGCCAAACCCACCGCCGUCCUCGCCGCCGUCCUCAACCCCGCAACUUACCCGGCCUGGAACACUUUCGUCCCCAAGGCCACCGUCUCCCGCCCCUCGGGUCUCGCCGUCCCGCCCAUGCUCGCCGACUCCUCCGUCGCAAAGAACCAGCCCGGCGAGCUCCUCCUCGAGGGCACCCACGUCACCUUUGAGGUCCACAUGACCCUCGACCCGGCAAAGACAACCACCAAGCAGGCCCUCGUCGUCACCAAGCUCGAGGAAUUCACCCACGCCGCCGCCUCCACCAACGGCGAGACCCACCGCGGCCGCAAGGGCUACCGCGUCUGCUGGAAGACGGGCGGCCUCGUGCCCCCCUUUGUCCUCAAGUCCGAGCGCGUCCAGGAGUUCCUCGAGACGGAGGACGGCAACGGCACAGAGUACCGCUGCUGGGAGACCUUUUACGGCCCGCUCGCCCAGGUCCUCCGCUUCACCAUGGUCGGCCAGCUCGAGACGGGCUUCGCCGCCUGGAUGGAGGGUCUCAAGAACUUUGCCGAGGGGAACCUGACGCAGCCCCCCGCGCCCACGACUGAUGCCGCCGCCGCCGUCGCCGCUACGACUGCUGCUUCCACCACUGCGCCUGCGACUACUCCGGCUACCGCGCCUGCUGUUGCCGCUGCUUCGUGA